AUGUCGGACUAUGAAGAAGAAGAUGAGCUCGGCAUCGAUCCCGCGAUCGCGGCAGCGAUGGGCUUCACAGGUUUCGGCGCCAAACCCAGCAAGAAGCGAAAAUUCGACCGCACCGACGGCUUCGUCGACCCUUCCAUCUCGGCCACAUCAUCGUUACCUCAAGGCAAAGGAGCGAAUAACACACCGAUAGGCGAGCGGAAGUCUGGCAAAUCAAAGACGCCAGCACCUGGUUCAGACGUGGGUAUGAACGCAGUGGAGAAUGGAGGCGCGCAGGUGCCGAUCCGAUCGCAGCCGCAGAGCGAUGGAAACGCGGAGUCAAAUGCGACGAGUGUGACAGCUGCCAGUACUGGUCCGCCGAGUCUGGAAGCUUUGCGAUGGGGUGUGAAGAACGACAGAGGGGAUCUGGUUGUGUUCAUGCCGAGUUUCUUGGAGGAUCCUUGGGCUAGGCUGCGGGCUCCUUGA